AUGGCGGAAGCGAUCGCCAUAUCCCUCUCGGUCAAGGUCGCCGCGGCGCUGUCCCGCGCCGCAGCCGCCUCUCUCGUACCCAUCCGCCACGGUAUCGCCGCCGCCGCGCGCGACCUCGAGCUCCUCCGCGCCUUCCUCCGCUUCGCCGACUCCCGCCGCAGCACAGACGCGCUCGCCAGCGCCUGGGUCGAUCAGGUACGCGACGUCGGCUUCGAGCUCGAAGACGUCGUGGACGAGUACACCUUUCUCGCUGGCAGCGGCGGCUUCCUCCGUGCCUGCGCCGACGUGAGGGCCUGGUUCGCGCUCUCCAGCCGCCUGCGGAAGGCGCGGGAGAGGCUCCGCGCUCUUUCGGCCGUCAAGGAGCAGUACGGCAUCCGGCCGGCAGAUGCCUCCGGGUCUCCGGAUGGCGGCACCGGCACCUCGGUCGCCAUCUGCCGGAAACUAUCAGAGGCUGCGCACUUCGUCGAGGAGGAGGAAAUCGUUGGCUUUGCCGCGCACAAGAGGUUACUGAUGAAAUGGCUAACCGAGGAAGCUGAGACCCGGCAGACGAUAAUCACCGUCUGCGGCAUGGGCGGGGUUGGAAAGACUACUCUUGCCACAAACGUGUACAAGAGAAUCGCCAAAAGCUGCCAUUUUGACUGUGCCGCGUGGGUGGCCGUCUCCAAGAACUUCACCACCGAGGACCUCCUCAGGAGAAUCGUCAAGGAACUUCACCGGUAUGUCCAAGAUGGUGCACCACGAGACAUGGACGAGAUGGACUACCGGUCUCUAGUGGAGGCCCUGCGUGGUCAUCUCACGCAGAAGAGGUACUUUCUUUUGCUGGAUGAUGUCUGGGAUGCAGAUGCCUGGUUUCAGCUCCGCACUGCAUUGUUUGAUAGUGGAACCGGGAGCCGAAUAGUCAUCACCACACGCAGUCAAGAAGUGGCUGCUCUGGCAUCAUCGCACAGGACCAUUAAGUUGGAACCGCUCUCUGAACAGGAAGCAUCUUCUUUAUUCUGUAGCACCAUAUUCCGAGAAGAUGCGGGUCCGGAGUGCCCAUAUCAUCUGCAGCAUUGGGCUUCCAAGAUACUGGACAGAUGCUGUGGUCUGCCAUUGGCGAUUAUAUCGGUUGGAAACCUCCUUGCAUUGAAGGAAAAAACAGAGUUUGCCUGGAAGAACGUCCAUGACAACCUUCUGUGGGAUGAAGGCUGUGAUCACGGUAUUGGGCAAGUGUCAACUGUACUGAAUUUCAGUAUCGAUGACUUGCCGUACCGCCUGAAGAGAUGUUUCCUCUCUUGCAGUGUAUACCCUGAGGAUUUCUCUAUCAAAAGGAAGACUCUAAUCAGAGAGUGGAUUGCCAAAGGUUUGGUAGAGGAAAAGGGCCAUAGCACAAUGGAGGAGGUUGCGGAUGGUUAUGUGACCGAGCUUGUGCAACGCAACUUGUUGCUGGUCGCGUUAAGAAAUGAGUUUGGACGUGCAAAGAGGUUACACAUUCAUGACCUGAUUAGAGAGGUUAUUGCACAUAGGUCAAAAGAAGACAGAACCUUUCAGUUAUCUAGGAGCACAACGGUGGACUCGAAACAGAAAAUCCGUCAUCUUACACUUGAUAACUGCCAAAUUGACCGUCAGUCGACUCCAAACCUGGCCUCACUUCGCUCCUUCUAUGUGCUUAGGUCAGAGCUGGAUGCUUCGCUGUUGUCUGAUUUCAGAUUGUUAACUGUGCUAAACCUUUGGUUCAUUAAGACAAAUAAACUGCCUAGUGCAGUGGCCUAUCUUUAUAAUCUGAGGUACCUUGGCAUACGCUCCACCCACAUUGAAGAGCUGCCGAAAGAAUUGGGGAAACUACAUAACUUGCAAACCUUGGAUGCCAAAUGGUCCAUGAUCAAGACAUUGCCAAGUAGCAUAACAAAAUUGAAGAACCUCCGGCACCUGAUAUUGUUUACACGUCGAGGCACAGAUUUCAUGAAGCCGGCCCCUGGUACACCAAUUGCUCUUCCGGAUGGUCUUCAAAAUCUCAGAUGCCUACAGACUCUUAAAUAUGUUCAAGCUAAUCAGAAGCUGGUCAGAUCCUUAGCGAGCUUGGAACAGAUGAGGAGCUUAGAGCUAUUUGGUGUGGACCAGAGAAUUAUUGUCGAUCUGCCCUCAGCACUAUCCAGAAUGAGUUGCCUUCUGCGCUUGGGAAUAAUCAGUUCUGAUGCUAAUGUAACGUUGGACUUGGAGUCAUUUUUGCCACCACCAGUGAACCUAAAAACACUCACCAUAACUGGCAAGUUGGCAAGGGGUAAGUUACCAUCAUGGUUCGGUUCUCUUACCAACCUCACGCAAUUGCAUUUGCGCUCAUCUGAACUCGGAGAAGAUUCAGUUGCAAUACUCUCAUCACUUCCCAGGCUGUUAUAUCUUAGUCUCAUUAAUGCAUACACCGAGGGAAGCUUAACCUUUGCAGCAGGUUGUUUCCCGGCCCUUAGACAACUAAGCUUGCUGGGCUUGCCCAAUCUUACCAGCAUAGAGUUUCAAAAGGAGAGCCUUGUAGAUCUACGUUUGCUGACACUCGGCCAAUGUCUUGAACUCGCUGAAAUACCCCAUAGCAUUGUGAACCUCAUACAUCUGGAAAAUUUGGAGCUUUUCGAAAUGCCGAGUAAUCUCACAGAAAAGAUACCUGAUGGGGAAGGUUGUGGGGCAAAUCAUAGAGACGACGAGCGCACUACGACUGUGAAGAACAUCUCCUGGUAUAAUGGACGAUUGUUGGAACAAAAAGUUUACAUCAACCUAUCUACUUUCCAGAAGUCAUCCAAGACUGAUGCAGUUACGUUCAGGGAUGAAACCGGACAAAGAUCUCUAUGGUCUCACCUCUAUGGUAAGGGGGUCUGCUUGUACAAAUGA